AUGGCUGGCGUCGGCACUGGUUUCAUCCCCUGCAACUCCCUGUCCGGUCUCCCUCCUCGUACCGGUCGAACUCUCGCCAUCGGAGGUGCAGCUGUUCUGUCGCUCUUGAUCGGUUCGUUCUACGGACACUCCUGGAACCAUAAGCGCAAAGAGUCACUGGACUUCAUUCGCCCGGGUUACAUCUCCAGCUGGGAGAAUCGCAUGAAGCAAGGCUACUCUGCAGAUCCAGAGACCCUAUACGACACAACUCCUGUCGGCAUGCUCGAGGAUCAGCGCAAGAUGUCUAACCCCGCUAUACCUCGUGAGAACAAUAAGCUUCAGCAUCGCACGCUCAAGAAUGCUACCCUACUCGAACAUCGACGUGCCGAAAAUGGAGCAUACCGCAUCCCGUACCCGCAGCGCGACCGCGGCGACGGCCUUGCGUACACCAAACGGAUGGAUGGUAUCGUUCCGAUGACGGGCAACGUCGCGAAGUCGAUGAAGGAUUGA